AUGUUUAUUAGUGCCCGUUGGGCAAUUAUAAGCUUAUUAAUAGCAUUCGAUAUAUAUUGUCAGGCAGUCUGGUUGGGUUGUCACGUGGAAAAUGGUGUUUCCCUAGAUAUAAGACAACAAAGACGUCUUUAUAUGGUAAAAAGUUCAGAUUGUCCCCCAAAUCACCCUUAUAUACGUUCAGUAUUCCAUAGUGACUUAUUCCGUAGCAUAUUUGAUUUAGAGGAUGUUGGACAGGCACUAUAUAUCUCUUUAUCGACAGCUCCAGAGUUAAGAAGUUUUCUUUUGUCAUUUGCUAGUAUGUUCGCAGUUGCUGAACGUGUGUUUGUAUUAUUUAUUGCAUUACAUAUUAUCUUCUAUUUCCUUGUUGCUCCAAUUUUGAGAUUAUUUGUUAUAUUAUUAACACUCCUUCUAAUUAUAAGGACUAUAUAUGCUUUGUAUAAUUUUUGGGGGAGUUCAGAUUUAUACUCUUCAGUAUACCAAAUGUGGAUUAUGUUCCAGAAUUUUAUGAAUGGUGUUGAUUCAAGAAUUCUGAAUUAUAUGGAAGAUGUUCUACAUUAUAUUGGAAUAUCCCCAAUAUAUCGUGGUAGUUAA